AUGUCUUUCUGGGAGAUAUUUUUCUUCAUCAUUGGCAUCGCAAUUGCAUCCGCUCAGAGUACGCGCCCCGGACAGAAUGUCUACAGAUUCCCCAAUGCGCGGGUCCUCGCAACCCAACAAGAAGUCGCAGACUAUGGUCAUCCAUUACGCGUAGUGGUGGAUGAUGGCGAGCAGAGGGCUAUCAAAUACGUCUUUCUCGAUUCCAAGUUGUUGCAAGCGGGCUAUCCUACUGGUUCUGAGCAGGUCCCAUUUGAUCUGCCACACCUUCCACCAGGCGAUUGGAACGAAGCCCACAUUCACCUGGACAGACACACCAGGACACCCAGCAUCACCAAUACGACCAGAACAAGUCAACUAGGGAUAAUGCACAAUUGGCAUCCUCGAAAGAUUGACUAUCUUGAGUUUGUCAACGUUGAGACGCUUCAGCAGGAUCGUAUGCAAGUCGUUGCACAUCCCGACUUCGACGCACCCAUCCUGAUCAAGAUUGCAAGUUUCCCGUGGGAGAUUCCGUCUCUGGAGCAAGAGGUUUCAGUGUACCGGCUCCUUCAUGGCUCGGGGGUCGCGCCGGAAUUCCUUGGCCACGUUACCGAGGGCGGGCGAACCAUCGGGUUCAUCACCGAGUAUAUACGAGAGAUGUCGUCGAUAAGGGCCAGAAGCAUGCAAGGUUGCCUGAUCGCUCUUCGCAGUCUUCAUCAAAGAGGGAUCGCGCACGGGGAUGCUCAUGAAGGGAACUGUUUGAUACGCGAGGAUGGCUCAUCCGUUCUUAUUGAUUUUGAGCUAUCUGUGGAAACCUGGCUGCCCGAAGAAUUCGAGAGAGAUUUGGACAUUAUGGGUCGCUGCAUCCAGGCCAUCUCCGAGCCUUCGUGA